AUGGAGGAGGCAAUGAAAUUUUCUAAUGACUAUGCACCAGAGCAUUUAAUAUUGCAUAUUGAAGAAGCUGACAAAUGGAUUGAUAAAGUGGAAAAUGCUGGUAGUGUUUUUAUUGGUACCUAUUCACCAGAAAGUUGUGGUGAUUAUGCAUCAGGCACUAAUCAUACAUUGCCAACUUAUGGAUAUGCUAAAAUGUAUUCAGGAGUCAACACUUUGACAUUUGUAAAACACAUUACAUCUCAAAAGUUGACAAAAGAAGGUUUAGAUAUGCUAGGCGACACUGUUAUGAGAUUAGCUGAAGUUGAAGGGUUGGAAGCUCAUAGAAAUGCU